UGAUGAUGAUGAUGAGGAGGAUGUUGUGAAGGCAGGCAGGUUGUGACUGACUGAGCUGAGAGGCGGACACACACACACACACACACACACCUCGCAUCACUUAUUCAUGCUGCGAACCAGUCAGACGGAGUAGCCACCUCUUCUCAGCCUGUCUCUUCCUCAUGAUACACCGUAAACUAAAAGAAAUACGGCUGAAUUCAGACACUCAGUGACGGUGGAGGACAUACCCACCAGCACCAGCACCACCAGCACCACCACCACCAGCAGCAGCAGCAGCAGCUCCACCCAGGCCGCUGUCAUCAGCAGCAGCAGCUGGUCUCGCAGCGACCGUUAGCGGCUAACCGUUAUUGCUAGCAGGUUUGACUCGGCCAUUUUCAGAACCAUCACAAUGAUAAUCAAGGAGCUUUGUUUCAACUUUACACCUGAACUGUCCCAGUUGUGAUGGAAAGGCACCACUGACUCAAGAGGGAACAUAAAUCCUGGAUGCCGUGACGUACGGUGACGUUGUCAAUCCAAGAUGGAGAAAAAGAAACCGUGCCCUCGCCUUCUCGACUACUUGGUGGUGGUCGGAGCAAGGCAACCAAGUAGUGACAAUGUGGCCCAGACGCCUCAGCUCCUCCGCCGCUACCCGCUGGAGGACCACCACGACUUCCCGCUCCCACCAGACGUGGUGUUUUUCUGCCAACCAGAGGGCUGCCUGAGUAUACGCCAGCGUAGGGUUAGCCUCCGCGAUGACUCCUCAUUUGUUUUCAUGCUGACAGACAAGGACUCAGGAAUCACUCGCUACGGAAUCUGCGUCAACUUCUACCGCUCUUUUCAGCGAGGACAUCAUCGUGCUCGCGGGGACAAGAGCGGCCACACGGAGACAGCCGCACAGGCGACGGAGUCCGCUAGUGAUGGGUCCGAUGGCAGCGGUGGAGGCCCGACCUCCAUGUUAUCUCCACCUAACAAUGCUGAGUCAGCACCUCCGCCUGCCUCCGGAGAAGAGAGCGGACAACCAGGUGCCGAGCUAAAUGCCGGCAAGUCCCCACAGCACAGACGAAGCGCUGCCAAGAUGGCAGCCAGAAACCGCAAUAGCACGCUGACCUCGCUGUGCAUACUCAGCCACUACCCCUUCUUCUCCACCUUCAGGGAAUGCUUAUAUAUUCUCAAGAGGCUGGUGGACUGCUGCAGUCAAAGGCUAACUCAACGAGCUGGACUUCCCCGCGCCACCCAGAGGGACACCAUGUGGCGGGUGUUCACCGGGGCGCUGUCGGUGGAAGAGAAAGGCAGCCAGCUGCUGGCCGACCUGCGGGAGAUUGAAUCCUGGGUGUACCGGUUGCUUCGUUCACCGGUACCAGUGGCUGGUCAGAGGCGUGUGGAUGUGGAGGUCCUGCCCCAUGAACUCAAACGGGCUCUCACCUUUGCCCUGCCUGACAACUCUCGCUUCUCCAUGGUCGACUUCCCCCUGCACCUGCCCUUAGAGCUGCUGGGGGUGGACGCCUGUCUUCAGGUCCUCAGCUGUGUCCUGCUAGAGCACAAGGUCAUUCUUCAAUCCCGAGAUUACAAUGCUUUGUCUAUGAGCGUCAUGGCCUUUGUUGCUAUGAUCUACCCUCUGGAGUACAUGUUCCCCGUCAUCCCCUUACUGCCAACAUGCAUGGCCUCUGCUGAGCAGCUCCUUCUUGCCCCCACUCCCUAUAUUAUAGGUGUACCAGCCAGCUUCUUCCUCUACAAAGCUGAUUUCAAAAUGCCAGACGAUUUGUGGCUUGUGGACCUUGACAGCAGCAAGGUUAUAGCACCCACCAAUGCAGAGCUUCUACCACCUCUUCCAGAGCCUGAAGCAAGCGAGCUUAAGAAACAUCUGAAACAGCUCUUGGAGUGUCUGGUUAGGUUGACCGUGAUCACCCAAAAGCAGAUCUUCUCCUCUGAAAAUAAGGCCUUGGCCAGUAUGAGCAUGAACACCCAACCCAUCCUGAACCUGGAGAAGUUCCAGGAAGGUCAGGAGAUGCCCCUGCUCCCACCUGGACGAGAUAAAGCCUCGCCGUCCUCCACAGAGUUUAACCCUCUGAUUUACGGCAAUGACGUUGAUUCCGUGGAUGUAGCCACCAGGGUCGCCAUGGUACGUUUCUUCAACUCCCCCAAUGUUCUCCAGGGGUUCCAGAUGCACACUCGCACCUUGCGCCUCUUCCCCCGGCCUGUGGUGGCUUUUCAGUGUACUUCUUUUCUGGCAUCUCGGCCACGACGUUCCUGCUUUGCAGAUAAACUUUCUCACACCCAGGCGGUGGAGUACUAUGGAGAGUGGGCUCUCAAUCCCACCAACCUCGCCUUUCAGAGGAUACACAACAAUGUGUUUGACCCGUCCUUAAUCGGAGACAAGCCUAAGUGGUAUGCUCACCAGCUACAGCCAGUGCUCUACCGGGUGUACGAUGGAAGCUCCCAGCUGGUUGAAACUAUGGCUGGUCCUUUGGAGGAUGAGGGCAACGAGUCUGACCCCACAGACAGUGGAAGUGACAGUGAGGCAUGCGAUGACUCCAGCUCGUCCUAUUCCUCACUCGGAGACCUCGUGAGUGAGAUGAUCCAAGGCGACAUCCAGGGAGACACACCAAGCUUGGACCCGCCUACCCAUGCUGCACUGGGAGACGCUAGUGAGGUUGAGUUUCAAGACCUCCAUGACUUGAGGGACGGUCAGGGCUUGGACGGUCCACCGAGUGGGGACGGACCCGCCGAACCCUCUGAUGGGCAACCACUUCGCUCAAGCUCCAGCACAACUGCGAGCUCAAGUCCCAGCACAGUCAUCCAGGGAGUCAACCAAGAGCAGGGGGAAGCACCUGAAAUUGAAGCACCAGCAGGUGCCGCUUUACAGAACCCUGUCUCCGGUUUGAGCAGUCAGCCAUUCCUCAGACCUCAGACGGCUGAUGCCGGCCUGACGGACCAAGCCAACAAAAAGCAAGAGUAUGACAACCCAUACUUUGAGCCUCAGUAUGGCUUUCCCUCUGAGGAUGACCCUGAUGCAGAAGAGCAAGUGGAGUCAUACACCCCUCGAUUCAACCAGAACCUCAAUGGCAACAAGGCGCAGCGUCCUUUACGUCCCUGCAGCCUGAGGCUCCCUGGAGAGUCGGAUGGGGAGGGAGACUCCCGCAACAGCUCGCCAAACUCCACCAUUUCCAACAACAGCAAUGAUGGAUUUGGAGGACUCAUGUCCUUUGCCAGCAAUCUUUACAAGAACCACGGCACCAGUUUCAGUCUGUCCAAUCUUGCUCUUCCCAACAAGGCCGCGAGGGAGAAAACGCCUUUCCCCAGUUUAAAAGAUGACCCUGACAGCCCGGGCGCUCGUGCACCUCGAGCACUUGUGGACCAGAAGUCUUCAGUCAUCAAGCACAGUCCAACAGUGAAGAGAGAAUCUCCCUCUCCUCAGGGCAGAGUCAACAACACCAGUGAGAACCAGCAGUUCUUGAAGGAGGUGGUGCAGAGCGUUCUGGAUGGUCAGGGAGUCGGCUGGCUCAACAUGAAAAAAGUGCGCCGCCUGUUGGAGAACGAGCAGCUUCGUGUCUUUGUGCUGAGUAAGCUGAACCGAGCCAUCCAGUCGGAGGAAGACGCCCGACUGGAGAUCAUACGCGAUGUGGAGGUAAGCAGAAAGGUGUACAAAGGCAUGCUGGACAUCUUGAAGUGCACAGUUUCCAGUCUGGAGCACUCCUACACCAACGCAGGCCUCGGAGGAAUGGCCAGUGUCUUCAGCUUACUGGAAAUAGCACGCACACAUUAUCAAACCAAAGACCCAGAAAAACGCAAGCGAAGCCCCACAGACAGUGCUGGCAGCCCGGGGAGUAAAGAGAGUCCUUCUGGUCGUAUGGAGACCGCCAGACCUCAGGGCCUCCUGAAUGUUCCUAACCUGCAGCUGCCGCACCACCACACAACGGGCAAAGGAGCCCGCCAUUUUGAUACCCGGAGUCUGAACGAGGAGAACUUUAUUGCCUCGAUUGAAUUGUGGAGCAAGCACCAGGAUAAGCAAAAAGCUAUGGAAAAACCACAGAGGUCUGAUGGAGCAAAGCAGCAGCGCCCCCAGGUGACUGAUGCUGAGGAGAAGAAAUCACAGAUCAGUGCUGAUAGUGGCCUCGGUGUCACCUCUGGAUCUCAGAAGAGCGACACAGAGUCUGUAACGAGCUCGGAGCCACCGAUCCUGACCAGAAGCACCAGCCAGGACUCAGAAGCCAGCACAGUGAUAAGCAACAGCUCUGGAGAGACUCUUGGAGCUGACAGUGACCUGAGCAGCACAGCGGGAGAAGGCCUCGGAGGGAGAAUGGCCGCUCAUUUAACUCAGUCCAGAGGGACUCUUUCUGACAGCGAGAUUGAAACCAAUCCAGCCACCAGCACCUUGUUCGGAAAGACCCACACUCUGAAACCAAUUGCAAAAGAAAAUGUACUUGCUAUGGCAAAGGGGCCGCCAGCGCAGCCCAUGGAGGACAUCAGUAUGAGGAUUUACCUUUGUGAAGGCCUGCUGGGCCGCGAUAAGAGCUCCGUUUGGGAUCAACUAGAGGAUGCUGCCAUGGAAACCUUUUCUCUAAGCAAGGAGCGCUCCACUCUGUGGGACCAGCUGCAGUUCUGGGAGGACGCCUACUUGGAUGCUGUGAUGUUGGAGCGCGAGGGCAUGGGCAUGGACCAGGGACCUCAGGAGAUGAUCGAAAGAUACUUGUCACUAGGAGAUCAUGACCGCAAGCGUCUGGAAGAUGAUGAAGACAGACUUCUGGCCACCCUGCUGCACAAUAUGAUUGCAUUCAUGCUCAUGCUGAAAUUGAACAAAAAUGACAUCAAGAAGAAAGUGCGGCGUUUGAUGGGGAAGUCCCACAUUGGCCUCACAUACAGCCAAGAGAUCAAUGAGAUACUGGACAAACUGACCAACAUGAACGGCCGUGAGCUGUCCAUCAGACCCAGUGGAAGCCGUCACAUCAAAAAGCAAACAUUUGUUGUCCAUGCUGGCACUGAUACCACAGGAGACAUCUUUUUCAUGGAGGUUUGCGAUGACUGCAUAGUCCUGCGCAGCAACAUAGGCACAGUUUACGAGCGCUGGUGGUACGAGAAGCUCAUCAACAUGACUUACUGCCCCAAGACCAAGGUGCUGUGUCUCUGGAGACGCAACGGCCAAGAGACGCAGCUCAACAAGUUCUAUACCAAAAAGUGUCGUGAACUCUACUACUGUGUUAAAGACAGUAUGGAAAGAGCUGCAGCAAGGCAGCAAAGCAUUAAACCAGGUCCGGAGCUGGGCGGAGAGUUUCCUGUCCAGGACAUGAAAACUGGUGAAGGUGGACUGCUGCAGGUCACACUGGAAGGAAUCAACCUUAAAUUCAUGCACAGCCAGGAGCGGAAGGUUUUCAUAGAGCUGAGUCACAUUAAAAAGUGCAAUACAGUGAAGGGAGUCUUUGUCCUGGAGGAAUUUGUUCCUGAAACUAAAGAAGUGGUGAUCCACAAGUACAAGACACCCAUGGCACAUCAGAUCUGUUACUCGGUCCUCUGCCUUUUCUCCUACGUGGCGGCAGUGAAGGGGAAGGAGGCGGAAGGAAAACCCAAGCUUCUGUCACCGAGACCCCUUCUUAGCUAGUCUACGCCCCGCGCCCUGCCCCCCCCCCACGCUCCCUCCCCCACCCCUCAGAGUGCCUCUCUACUCGAAAUGGCAUCUCAGCUCUAAAACCACAGACUUCUGACAAUCCCUAACUUUAUUCUAAGCACACAAUUCCUGCUCCCUCCUCUUGUAUAUACAGGCCUAAGACCCUUUUUAGACCCUGUCGUGUAGACGUGUUUAGUCUGUGAUGUUGUGUAAAUACUUCCGACCCCUCGUCGCUGUCGUCCCGUUGAUCAUACAAACUAGCUAAAUGUUUUGCCUGCUCCUUAACUCGGGAGAAGUGACUGCCCCUCGAGCUCUUCUCCUCAGUGUGAAAGUCUUCUAUUGUUCCUGCUGCCAAGACCCAACUAUUUUUACCGAUAGGAGAUGUGAGGGAUCGCCCCGAGGCACAGAGUGCAUGCAGGUCCCGUGCACAGCCUUGACAUUCACUACAGAGUAGCCCCCCCCCCCCCCCCCCCGCCUCCUACCCGUCUCCAUUUGACUGUGUGAGGUAUUCUGUGAUAUGUGGUUACUGUAAAGUUCCAGUCUGUCCAAGUUUAAACAGGUAUAACAUCCGGAGACCCUCUUGUUGUGCAGGAUGUCCCAUACUGAAAAUGCUACUGUAUACUGCACCAGAGCACCGCAGCAUGUAAACGCUUCUUAAAAGUGUUUGAACCCCCAAAAUAAUGUGAGUGUUCUCAGAUGUGUUGCCCUAGAUCGGCCCGCCAGGCUGAAUUACUGUUCUAGUUCUACUGUAAAACUUCUCGUCUGUGUUCUGCUGUUAUCAAUUGCAUGUUACUAUGAGGAUGAAAAAAAUAAAUAUUAUAUAUAUUUCUAUAUAUAGUAUUUAUUUAAUAUAUACAUAUAUUGACUGUACAUUUCUCUGGAAAAAAAUGUUACAAAUUGUUGAGUUGCUAGAUGUGCAAUACUUAAUAAGUAGUUAGCCAUUGCCAGAGCCAUGUUUUUUUUUAGUUAACUGGCUUUCACAGGGUGAAGAAUGUAAGAAAGAACUUUUCUUUUUCUUCUAUAGUACAUAUUGAUUGAAGUGAAUAUGAUGACUUCAGUUUGACUGUGUUUAAGUUUGUCUUUUUUAGGUAAAUCAACAAAUCACAUGGCAAAGAAACUGCUGCUGCGUUGCUCUCUAUGGUGCAAACUUUGGAGCAUUUUGGACUUAGGCCACACCCCCAAUUAGUGAUGUCACAAGGCGCUUUUUUUAACAACAGCAGCAGGUGGUGGAGAUGCUGUAGUAAACGUCAGAUAUGGUAAAGUACCUUUUACAAUCCUUUUACAAUUUUGUUGGUACACUUUAUUUUUCGAUUCAAGUCGUCGCUUGUUUGCUGAAUUGAAAUGCAGUGGAAACCAAACCCACCUGGCUCAAACCAGUGUUACACCACAGUGUGUAAUGUGUGACCAAAGAAGGGGGGUCGCUGUUGCGUGCAUGUCGUUAUUAUUGUGAGUCAGUCUUUAAAACGGGUUUGUGACUUGACAACAAGGCUAGCAGCGGAAGAAACUUUAGAAUAAUGCUGCGUUCCAUUUAAACUGAGAAAUCGGAAUUUCCGAGUUCCCCGUUGAAACUUUCAAUUGUAACAGCCCUUUAAGUAGGAUUUCCAACUUGGAAAGUGGGACGAACAUCACCAACCCCGACUCAAAAUACAAGAUGGCCGCCGUUAAGCUAUAGUAAUAUACUGUUCAUUUGCACUUCUGUCUUAUUCGUGUCUCGUUAAAUCAGUCGUACACACAGUACUGUCCAACUUCUAUCUGUGGACAUCUUGCUACGGUGUUUACGCAAAAUAUUGACGUAAUGCGUUGUUAUCAACUGGUAUUGCUAAACAACGGCUAACCUGGUGGGAGCAAACCCCAUUAAGUUUUCCAACUUGUACUGGAACGCGAUCAACUCGGGUGUGUGUCCCUGCUCCGACUUCCGAUUUCCGGGGUAAAUAGAACGCAGCAUAAUUAUAUGCACACUUUCAGAUUGUAUAUCCGUCGUUCAACUACGUAUUGGUAACACGGCGAUGAUACGUGAAGAUGAACUAAAUGGGUUUUAUUUCUAGAAUAAAAAGCAAAAUGACGGUGGGGGCUGUGGGCAAAUAAUAUAAUCGGUGUGUGCCUGAACACCGUAUACACAAACUACCGCGGCAAGCCUAUCUAACACAGGCCGUCAGAAAAUGGGACCCUGUUGUACCUGGAAAUUAAUUAAAAUAAUUAUUACAAGUAACCAUUUGUAGAAAGUGACAACAUCCAUGCAACUAUCGACAUUAUCGAUUAAUCGUCGGUCAGGAAAUGGUUAAAAAUACUGAUGGUAAGUCUAAGCUUUGUUUUGUGUGACAAACAGUACAAAAUAAAUAAAGUUAUUCAAUUAACUGUCAUAGAAAAUUCACAUUUUAGAAGCUGAAACCAGUGAAUUUUUGCUUGAAAAAAAAAUAAAGGAUUGAAUGAUUAGCUCUUGGUCACAGAAUAUGGUACAACACCGGCGCCGGUUUGGUCAGGUUUUGGCGUGAACCUCAUAAGCAGCCAAGGAAAAACACACUGUUUUUACAUCUCAGACUGGGUUGUGCCAAAAGUCUAAAAUCCUCCAAACAGACCAGCAGCAGUUUUCCAUCCUGUGAUUUCUCUUUCAGAUGUGUUGAAACAGCCGUGGUCAUCUGCUCCCAGAGGAGAUCGAGUCUUAAUGUUGUUUCUGUUCCGUGAUAGUAAAGAACAGUUGAAUCUGGUCUUAUCGCUGGCCCGUUAACUUUCACAGUGAGUGUGUGUGCGUGUGGGUUUGUGUGUGCUCGUGCGUCCAUGUGGUGAACAGUUUCUCCAGAUCAGCAAUAUAACGGUACAGCUAUAUCACUGCAAGGUGUUUUUUUGAUUCUGACAUGGUUGUAUUUUUAGUGAUUUAACUGUGCAAAGGAAAAUAAUCAGUGGGAUAUUGAGAGGAUGCUGUUCCACUAACAAAUAUAUUAUAUAUAAAUAAUAUAUAAAUUAGACAGAACUCGAUAUGAAGCAUCUCUGAAAUUGGUUUGGAAAUGGGACAAAAGCUCUUUCUGCUUAAGUUAAAAAGGACGUUUUUUUUUAAACUGGAGUAUUACAACUCAUCUCUGUCAUUGUACUAGCCAGCUUCUGUAACAAGAGGGAAUAAAUGAAAUGAGAUGCCAGGUGUAAGUAUUCCAGUACUUGAAAAAAAAGUAUUUAUAGAAUAUGUACAGCUUUGGCAAUAUAAUAAAGUUAUCGCAAAUAAA